GCUUUCUUAGGGGCCUUGGUCUCCCUUCCUCGCACCAAUGAAAAAGGGGCUGAGAAAGAGCACAUCGGUGUUAAUCGCCGAGACCAAGAGGAGGAAAACGAAAUAAUUGUGAGGGAAACGGGGAAAGGUAGGAGAGGGAGAGGAAGGCAGGAAACGUUCUUUGAGAUCUAGCCAUGGCGAGAUUGCUCCUCUUACAGCAGCGCCUGGGCACCGCCAUUGUACUGUUCGCCGGCUUCUCCUCUCUGUCUCCUUUGGCAGGCCCCAGGCCAGGAUACACUCGCGGAGUUGCCCAUGAGGUCAAACCUCCUACUAGGUUCAUUUCUCUGGAUGGGAAGGAGAACCACUCAAGCUCAUGGCAGGUUGUUUCACUUUUUUCUACUUUCAGGUUCUGUAAUUCUCAUGACGAACAAAAUGUACUGCGCAUAUGAUCCGUGUCAAAGCUGGACAAUGCGAUAUCAUAUGGCUAGGUUAUUGAACAGUGAACUCUUGGUUUCUU